AUGAUUGAUAAUCCAGAAACAAACGUGAACGUGCCGGAUAAAGCGGCGAGCACGGUACUUAAGCAAGAUCCGGACAGUUGUGUAUAUGUGGGCAUUGACAGCGAUGAACAGAUGAACAGUGAGCCAGCUCCUGUUAACACAGUCCCUGACGGUCCCUUCCAAAGAUCCCCUCAGAGCCUGAAGAACGAUACGGGUUGCGUGGACAGAGUACGGAAGGUAACCUAUUCUGAUUCAUUAUCAGCAAAACUUCCUGCUAGUUCCUUGGAGUGA